GCCCAAGCAAGCCAGGAAGGAGGAGGCAGCCAGAGUGUUCUCUGCAGCAGAAGACCCCUUGGUGCCCUGCUUAACCCAGACCAGCAUUUGCCAGGGAGAGGAACAAAAGAGACCUCUCAGCGGAGCACCAUAGAGAGAGAAAAAGGCAAGAGGCACACAGUAGGGUUCCCAUUUGGCGGCCACCGUGUGCGGAGCAGCACCGGGAUCGUUUACUUAGAAGAAGACGCUCUGACCCCAAGAAGAAGUAAAUGGUGAGGGCGGGGAGGGGGACACACAGCAGGGCCGGGGAAGUUGUAGAGCAGUUGGCCCCUCCUUAGAAGGCCGAGUCUCGGCAUGAAGUGGUGACGUGUGUACUCCACCCCCUCUCCCCAACCUUCGCCCUUCCCACCCCGGGGCACUGCAAAGCCUGUAAAGAGCGAAGAGUUUCUCCAUUGGGUCUUCAGCCAGCGCGGAGUUGCUGCACGAAGCUGCCUAAAGAAAGAUCCGGAGCUUCUACGCCUCUUUGGGAGGGAGAGUGGCUUUUGCUGGACCACCCCCGCAACCUCAUGACCCAGGGGUCUGGCUCUGAGCAGUUUUCUCUCUUCAUCCCAGCAAGUGAAGGAUGGGAGAGUGAUAAUGAGGGAAAGCCCCAUGGAGGAUUGUUGGGAAGUGCCAGACGUACAAAGGAGAAACAGAGGAUGAAAACUGAAAGGAAACAGAAGAGGAGGAAUGGACCUUCUGCGUCUCAGCAUGGUGACUACCAUGAAAUCACAAUCCAGGAAAAAAUGGAGGAAGAAACAGAAAGAAAUCUGGGUCCUAUUUACCGGAAAUGCUUCACUAUCAAAUCUAGCCUUCCACCUCAGUUGGAAAGGUACACUGGGGAGAAAUCCUAUAAAUCCCUGGAGAGUGAAAAGAGUUCCAGUGCAAGUUCUCAUCCCACUUCACAUGAAAGUAUCCACACAGGGGCCAAAUCAUAUAAAUGCUUGGAAUGUGGAAAGAGCUUCAGAGGGAAAUCAAGUCUUACUGCACAUCAAAAGAUCCACACUGGGGAGAAACCAUAUAAAUGCUUUGAGUGUGGGAAAAGCUACAGGCAGAGUGUAAAACUUACUAUACAUCAAAGAAUCCACACUGGGGAGAAGCCAUAUAAAUGUUUUGAGUGUGGAAAAAGCUUCACUCGAGAAGACUCCCUUACUUCACAUCAAAGUAUCCACACAGGAGAGAAACCAUAUAAAUGCUUGGAGUGUGGAAAAAGCUUCCGCCGAGCAGACUCCCUUUCUUCGCAUCAAAGGAUACACACAGGGGAGAAACCAUAUAAAUGCUUCGAGUGUGGUAAAACCUUCAAAGAUACUGGUAGUAUUUCUAAACACCGAAGAACCCACACUAGAGAGAAACAGUACACAUGCUUGCAAUGUGGAAAGAGCUUCUCUCGGCAUGACUGUCUCAUUAAACAUCAAAGGAUUCACACUGGAGAAAAACCAUAUAAAUGCUUCAAAUGCGGAAAGAGCUUCAUUCGAGCUGAUGGCCUUUCUUUACAUCAAAGGAGUCACACUGGGGAGAAACCCUAUAAAUGCUUGGAAUGUGGAAAGAGUUUCAUUCAAAGCUCCCUCCUCACUUCUCAUCAAAAGAGUCACACAGGGGAAAAACCCUAUAAAUGCUUUGAAUGUGGGAAGAGUUUCAGGGGAGGACCAGCCCUCACUUCUCAUCAAAGGAUUCACACAGGGGAGAAACCCUAUAAAUGCUUGGAGUGUGGAAGGAGCUUCAGGGAUAAGGGAAGUCUUACUAAACAUCAAAGAACGCACACAGGAGAGAAGCCUUAUAAAUGUUUGGAGUGUGGAAAGUGCUUCCGUUGGAGCUCACACCUCACUUCGCAUCACAAGAUUCACACUAGAGAAAAACCAUGUAACAGCUUAUAGUGUGAAAAGAGCUUCUGUCACAGGAAGUCAUUUAUCAAAUAGUCUACUCUAUGACUGAUGUAAAUGAAUCCCAGGAAAAGAGCCACAUUAUUCUGCUCUGACAAAAACAGCAGAGAGAGAGAGAGAGUUUCUCAAAAGUACAUUACAAGCCUCACUUCAUAGAAGAGUUCUCAGUUAUGUGGGGAGCAGCCAUAUCUAUCCUUGGCAUGUGGAAAGAGCUUUGGUGAGAGGCACUCCCUUACACCUCACCAGAUAACCCUUUCCAGUGAUGAAGAUUGUAAUGGAAUUCACUUUAGAAAAGAGCUAUUUUUAAUCUGCUUGCAGCUUAAAAGUUUUAUUUUUAAAAAAUGUAUACACCUUUUGAUUUUGG